AUGUCGACCAGACUGUUCGACGACAAGACCGCGCAACCGCCACCAGACGAGCUGGAUAUGGCGAAGUACGCGCAAUACUACCAGUCCAACAUCAAGGCCGCUGCCUAUCUCUCUUCCCGUUCCCCGGUCUUCCGUCGCUUGACUCUCCUCCGCGAGCAAGGUUGGAAGAACAGCAAAGGCGACGAAUAUUUGAAGACUCUACGCGACAUCGCCGAGAAUCCCACACCCGAGUCCUGUCGUGCCGCCUUCAGCCAGAUGGUCCAAGAUGGUCACGAGCUGCAGAGCGCGACCUCUGGCCUCAAGAUCACCCGCCGCGCCUUUCACGACUCAACACCGCGUCGUAUUCUGGAGUUUGGUUCGGCACCCGGCGGACUCCUCCAUGCUGCGCUCGAGAUUAAUCCUUCUGCUACCGCCACCUCGUUCACAAUGCCAAGGGAGAAUGGAAGUCAUCUCUUCCACGUCGACGAGAGAUCUCUCCAUCCCAGAGUCAACGUCACAUGUGCUGACUUCACGCUUUUCGCGGGUGAUAUGCUCCCCUGGGCCAAGGGACCCUACAACAUUUACCCCAUGGAUCCCAGCACAUUCUUCCUCGACCGGCAGAUUCCAGAAGGCACCUUUUUCGACCUCGUCAUUUGCGAUGCCGGAGUACUGAGCGACCGAGACCGUACUGAGUAUCGGCGACAUCAUGUCUCGGGGCAGUCCACCAGGGUGGCGAUCACUCAGCUCGCGUUGGCAAUGAAGUACAUCCAAAGUGGCGGGACGCUGAUUAUGCUGCUGCAUAAGCCGGAGAUUUGGGAAGUGAUGGGCCUGGCGCUGUCAUUUGAGUCCUUUUCCGACGUGCAGCUUUACAAGCCCCGCGGCACGGAUGCAAUCCGAUCGUCGUUCUACCUCGUGGCGAAGAAUAUGCACGAUGAUUCCGGCACGCAGAAUACGAUUUUCAGGUGGGUCCAGCAGCAGUGGGAAAAGCAGACUUUUCCGUGUAUUUGGGAAGGAUAUCACAUGAAAGAUUAUGACCAGUGGGAUGGUACCAGCAUGAGAUUGGCGGUCGACAUCUUUCUGGAGCAUUGGGGCGACAGGUUGAUCAGGUUGAGAACCCCGGUGUGGGAAGUUCAGGCGAAUGCACUGGAGAGAGCGGUUUGGAUGGGCACCCGUAGAGGCACUUCUUCUCGGGCCAGAUGA